AUUAUUUUAAUAAAUGAGAAAAAACAUUUAGAUUAUUGCUAGAUAAUUCACAUCUACUAAACCUGAACUUUUCAAGGCCCAAAAGAUAGAUGUCAAAACAUUUGAGUAUGAGCCUUUCAAAUUUGGAAUCGAAAGACAAUCUAUGAUUCAUGGAUAUACAAUGGAGGAAAUGUAUGGCAGGUAAAUGAAGUUAUUUAAACUUUAGAUUUUAUGGAAUUAAGCAUUCCCCUUUAAUUUAGAAAGAAUUAAAGAAAGACAAUCUUAUUGCUCUUGCAAUUCUCUUGGGAGGUAGUGUGAUCACAUUCUAUUAUAAUGAAUGGGGAGCUUAAGAUCAAGCCAAUUGGCUUUAAUACUAUUAUUCUGAUUUAACAACCAAGAGAAACAAUCUCAAAUGAUUGACAUCAAUUUAAACAUAUCAUAAAGACAUAAAAUAUUAGC